AUGAACGCCUCCUCUGAGGAUAUUGCAGAGGAAAUUCGGACUGCGCUUCCUGGAACAGAAGAAAUAGUUGUCCAAUAUGUCUCUGGCUACUUGCUGGACCUGGACGAUGCUGCGGAAGAUGAGGAUGUAUUGCAAGUAACCCGAAAUAUUCUCGAAUCUGCUAUACCUUCGUCCUCUCGCAGCGGGCAGAAUGGACAGCUAGAGAAGAUCAUGGCGUCGCUUGGGCGCAUUCUCGCGGACCCGCUUAGCAAACGAGAGGAAAGGAAUCGCGCAGGAAACCACAAUGGCUUGGUCAGGCUAGAUAAGGUGAUGGAUAUGAGCAAGACGGGAGUUAUGAGCAAUACCAUUGCGUUCACUGAAGGUGUUGACUUAGAGAGUAUAAACAAGGGAAAAGCGUCUCGGGUUGACGUGAAGAAGCUGGAGAAACAAGAAGCUAAGCUAAAAGUACGCCCUAUACUGUAG